AUGUCCUCCCUCACAAUCAACGCCCUCAAAAAACAGGACAUAACCUCCGCAAUCGAGCUCCUCAGCUACAACCUAGUCAACAUCAACGACACCACCGGCGAAUUCCUCCUCAAACUCGACGACGGCCGCAUCAUCGACACCAAAGGCUGGGACGGCUGGGAAUGGACCCAUGGCAUCGGCCUCUACGGCCUCUGGCACUACUACACCCUCACGGGUUCCACCUCCACCCUCUCCACCAUCCAAGACUGGUUCACGCGCCAACUCGCCCUCGGCACGACGAAGAACAUCAACACCAUGAGCCCCUUCCUCACACUCGCAUAUCUCUACGAAGAAACAGGCAACAAGACGUUCAUCCCGUGGCUGGAUACGUGGGCGGAGUGGCUCAUGCACGACCUCCCGCGGACAAAGUAUCAAGGCUUCCAGCACGAGACGUACAACUCGUUCAACAAAGACGAACUCUGGGACGACACGCUGAUGAUGUCCGCACUGCCGCUUGCGAAAAUCGGACUUGUGCUGAAUCGCCCGCACUAUGUCGAGGAGGCGAAGCGACAGUUCCUGCUGCAUUGCCAGUAUCUGUGCGACACGACGACGGGGCUGUUUUUCCACGGGUGGAAGUGGAAUGAUGCCGACAGUGGGAAAUUGGAGAUUGGGCAUAAUUUCGCGCGCGCGAGGUGGGCGAGGGGGAAUAGUUGGUUGACGAUUGCGAUUCCGGAUUUCAUCGAACUGUUGGGGCUGGAGGAGAAGGAUCCGCUCAGGCAGUUUCUGAUUCAUACGUUGGAGAGUCAGUGUGCGGCGUUGCUUAAGUUGCAGGCUGAGAAUGGCAUGUGGCGGACGCUGCUGGAUGUGGGUGUUGAGGAGGGGAGUUAUGAAGAGGCUUCGGCGACUGCGGGAUUCGCGUAUGGUAUGCUCAAGGCGGUCAGGAAGAGGUAUAUCAGUGGAGAGGUGUAUCAAGAAGCUGCGGUCAAGGCGGUCAAGGCGGUGCUUCAGAGGAUUGAUAAGGAUGGAGAAUUGCAGGAGGUUAGUUUCGGGACGGGCAUGGGACACGAUUUGCAGCAUUACAAGGAUAUCAAGAUCACGAGUAUGCCGUACGGGCAAGCGAUGGCGAUAAUGGCGCUGGGAGAAUAUCUGAGAGCUUUCAUAUAA